UGAAAGUGGAAAACCACACUACAGGCUGAUCCAACUUUGAUGUAAUGUCCUUAAAACAAGUCAAAAUGAGGCUCAGUAGUGUGUGUGGCCUCCACGUACCUGUAUGACCUCCCUACAAUGCCUGGGCGUUGGUGGAUGGAGCGAGACAUGAUUUCUCAGAUGUGCUCAAUUGGAUUCAGGUCUGGGGAAUGGGCGGGCCAGUCCAUAGCAUCAAUGCCUUCCUCUUGCAGGAACUGCUGACACACUCCAGCCACAUGAGGUCUAGCAUUGUCUUGCAUUAGGAGGAACCCAGGGCCAACCGCACCAGCAUAUGGUCUCAAGGGGUCUGAGGAUCUCAUCUCGGUACCUAAUGGCAGUCGGGCUACCUCUGGCGAGCACAUGGAGGGCUGUGCGGCCCCCCAAAGAAAUGCCACCCCACACCAUGACUGACCCACCGCCAAACCGGUCAUGCUGGAGGAUGUUGCAGGCAGCAGAACGUUCUCCACGGCGUCUCCAGGCUGUCACGUCUGUCACAUGUGCACAGUGUGAACCUGCUUUUAUCUGUGAAGAGCACAGGGCGCCAGUGGCGAAUUUGCCAAUCUUGGUGUUCUCUGGCAAAUGAAAAACGUCCUGCACGGUGUUGGGCUUGUAAGCACAACCCCCACCUGUGGACGUCGGGCCCUCAUACCACCCUCAUGGAGUCUGUUUCUGACCGUUUGAGCAGACACAUGCACAUUUGUGGCCUGAUGGAGGUCAUUUUGCAGGGCUCUGGCAGUGCUCCUCCUUGCACAAAGGCGGAGGUAGCGGUCCUGCUGCUGGGUUGUUGCCCUCCUACGGCCUCCUCCACGUCUCCUGAUGUACUGGCCUGUCUCCUGGUAGCGCCUCCAUGCUCUGGACACUACGCUGACAGACACAGCAAACCUUCUUGCCACAGCUCGUGUUACGCCCCUGAAAACAGGGGAGAAAUAAUCACGAGAGUGAUACGGUGUUGUAUUCUCAAUUAAACUUUUAGUGUAAUCUUUACAAAAGUAACACAUUACAAAACAACAGAACCCAUUAUACAAAUAACACAGCAAAAUAUCUUAUUCACAACGCACGUGUUCAUUCACAAUCAACAUAAAAUGGCAGCUACUCUCCGUACGAUGCUAUUCUUCACUUCAACCGAGCAGGGCUAAUAUUACUCUCUUCAAACUUAACUCUUAACUUCCUCAAGACGUUACUAAGACACACCUUAAACACUCUUGACAUGUUAGCGAGUUAUAACAUUUAAAUUACUAUUUUUAUCAUCAAUAAAGUACCUGAAAACAGGGGAGAAAUAAUCACGAGAGUGAUACGGUGUUGUAUUCUCAAUUCAACUUUUAGUGUAAUGAGAAAAGACCGCGAUUUUCCCCAGGAAUAUGGGUGGAGACCAGAGCAAUCGAUCUCCGGUUGAUAGAUUAAGAGCAUUUCGUAGAUCACAGAUUAACACUUUUAGGCACCACAAAAUAAAGUAAUCAAUAUAACGUUUACACAUUACUCUCACAAUUCGUACCCUUUGACAGAUUUGAACUUUAACACAAUUAUAUGAAUGUUAUCAAUCUCUAUCAACUAAUACUGAAUGCAUCUUUUUAACCUUAGAUGUUUUAAGAUCCUCACAUACUAUGAACUUACUAAUACUUUUUAAUGUAUAACAGGUUAUGAAUAUUUCCUUUAACCUGUCACACUCUCAUUGAUGUGCCAUCCUGGAUGAGCUGCACUACCUGAGCCACUUGUGUGGGUUGUAGACUCCGUCUCAUGAUACCACUAGAGUGAAAGCACCGCCAGCAUUCAAAAGUGACCAAAACAUCAGCCAGGAAGCAUAGGAACUGAGAAGUGGUCUGUGGUCCCCACCUGCAGAACCACUCCUUUAUUGGAUGCAUGAGUCUGUGUAAACUUCUGACCUGUCCAGGUGUAGUACCCAUAAACAACCUCCAGUCGGCGCUGCAGUGGCAGUAUGAGUUUCUGAGAGCCAACCACAGGGAAGGACCUAGGCCACACACUAACCUGGCUGUAGGCAGAGUACCUGAGGCCAGUCUCAACAUUCCAGAUGUGACGUUUAGUCACAGUAGAACCUCUGGUUCCAGAUCUGACUGCCACACUAAGGACAACAUGCACAGCCACGGCUCUCUCUCCAACCUCAAGCACCAUCAGGCCCCUCUGGGUACUUCUCCCUCCAGUGCAGUCUCUGGGGCUGUGUCUGCUGUGGGGAAGCCUCCCUCCCUCAGCUCCUUUGACUCUGGCUUUGAUGGAGCAGGAAGUGGCCACAUGGAGACAGGAGCUGGGCGAGAGGGAUGGGAGGGGCCGUCCAGGGUACCAGGCACCAGGGACUCCAUCAGGCCCAUCACCAGGCAGCCCAAGAUCCACGAGGAGAACAUCUCCAGCGUGUCUGACGUUGAGGAGCGCAGGGAGGAUUUUGACUUUGGCUCCAUGGGCAGCACCUCAAGGGCCAGCAUUCAGAUCAUCCCAAAGAUAACUGUGGACUCGAUGCAUUUUGAGAUCAAGCUGAAGCGUUCGGCUACCCUGCCCCAUAAUCCAUGGCUCAGUCUGCCUGUGGAAGACCUUGAGAACUCCUACACGGUCACCAUCACUCAGAACCCAUCACAGUCACCACAGUUGCGGGACGAUAAGAACCCAAACCCUUCAGAGUGCUACCACCACAGUGACCAAUUAUCCAACUGGUCCAGAGACCAGCCCACACAGACUGAGGUACAAACCAACCCUCAGAGCAGAGGGGCACAGCCCAGCGACAGUAUCCUACAGGCACAGGACAGCUUUGAUGACUCGGAACUGAGUGCCAUUCGGGAUCCCCUUUCAAGCACCAUCACAGAUGCAAGAGAUGGGCCCAACUACACUGCAGAGAGCAGCCCCACUCUACUCUGGGAUACGUAUGACUUUCACAACCCCGAACAGGACAGCUGUGAAAGGAUAACCAGCUCCAUGACUGAAGUCUCGUUAAAUGACUGGGACCUGAAGGAGCAGGAGGGUCUCAGGAAGGUAGAGGAGAUCUUGGACCGGGCAGCUGGAAUACUAGAGGAGGAAGAGAAUGUGAUGGUACAGGAGCAGAUAUUGGCUGUCCUUCUGAAGACUGAGAGCACGAGCAAACCGUGGGAAUCAUGGGGCAGUGAGGCGCAGGUAAGUGUGAUGUCCUCCAGUGACCUUAAGGCACAUGGUGUCCUGGGCCUUGAUGACAGUCUUGCCUCUGCAGACACUGACAACCAGAGUGAAUGCAGGUCACCAGAGGCAACUAGUGAAACUGUGGCCUCAGAACACAGCAUGGGCCACAAUGGACGGCUGACGGAGACCGGGUUGACUGGUCUGAUGUGCCCUCAAAGCAGCAGGGGAGAGUUGCUGAAGGAGCUGAGAGGACUGCAUGUUCUGGAUGAGCUCAUCAUGGAGGAGAACCUCAAGAUCCACCAGCUUCGACGGGCUGAGAAGCAGUGCCUUGAUGAAAAGCCCACUCAAUCAGUGGUUUCCCGAAGUACGAGCAAGGAGAGGCAGGAGUUUCUAUUAGAACUAGCGAGGGAGAAAAGAGAAGUGGAGGGGAUGGAAAAUAGCCUAGACAAAGAGAUGACAAAAGAAUGUCAACUCAAGAGGAUGAGCAGAACCAGGAAAGUAGUGAAAUGCUCAGUAAUGGAAAGGACUUCUAAACUUAACUUGGAGGGCCGUGCACUCUGUGAUAAUCUUAUAUCAGACAAUAUGAGCCAACACCACAAAGUGAAGCACUCGCCAUCCUUACCCCAACACUCCAUAAACCUGGAUCCUAAUGAAUCCCUCAGUAUUACUGCAACCCCAUGUCCAGAUUAUGCCAAAACCCCGGUAUCACAAACAUGUGUUCAAAGUGUAAAUGGUCAUUCCCCACAUGGUGACGUUAAUAUAUCCGGCUGUGGUGAUGCCAUGGUAGUUGACACCCCCAGCUACUGUGAUCUUACUGAUCACAAUUCACAAGUUUUAACUCUACCACAAAUCACUUCUGAUCCCAAUGAAUCUAUUGAAGAGGUUGGAAUCCAAAGCCACGAGGGUACAGAGAAAGAUGUAAGAUCUGGGGAAGCCUUUCAAAGUUGCACACCAGAGACUACCUCCUUUAUAUGUGAAAUGUGCCCUGAACAUGGAGCAUUUGACCCAGGGGCUAAUGCCAACACCCCUGUGCCUAAACCAAGAAAGGCAUCUGUUCCUGUGAAUGAUAAAGGUCAAGAACUCAAAAUUCCAACCAAACCCAUAUAUAGAACUCUCUGCCCUGAUAGUGAUUCUGACCCUAACCCUAGGCUCACAUCGCAAGUUGCGCUCAAUACUCACCCGAAGCCUAAAGAGCGAAACCUCAAACCUACAAACAGUUAUCCUAAUCCUGUUCUGAGUCAAGAUGUGAAUAAACACAGAAGUGACAACAAUGACAAACCCUUCGCUGAUCAACAGGCAUCCUUAUGUAAUGACCCUUUGGACUUCCAUGAACAGUCAACGCUAGGCGGCUGCUCUAUGGGAUCAACAUUAACGCUUGUUGACUCUGACUGUGUUCAGAUAGAAAUCCACUGCUCCCAGAAAUCUGAGGAUGUGUUAACACAUUUGGGGUCUAAUUCUGAAGAACUAUCUCGUAUGUCUGCUGAGGUAACAUCUGGAUCAUGUGGAGCUGAUGAGUGGAGAGAAGUAGAUGUCCCUGAUGGGUUUCAGAGGUGUGGUACUGCCAGGAGAUCACCUGCCAAUCAACCCAAUCACCACAUCCCCACCAGAGACAUGACCAAUUUCAAGACCCCUAUUGUGCUGGACACAGGGUCUGGUUUGAUGAAAGCAGGGUUUGCCGAUCAGGACCUCCCGAAUACGAUAUUCCCAAAUAUCAUUGGGCUGCCAAAAUACGAGGAAAUAAUGAAUGGCUACUUGGAACGGGAGACCUAUAUUGGACAUGAGGCUCAACAUAUGAGAGGAGUCCUGGCACUGAAGUAUCCCAUGAAGAACGGAAUUAUACGCAACUGGGAUGAAAUGGAAAAGAUUUGGCACCACACAUUCCAGCAGUUGCAUGUGGAACCAGACGAUCACCCUGUCCUACUGACCGAGGCAGCCAUGAACCCACUGGCGAUCCGUCAGCGCAUGGUGGAACUCAUGUUUGAGUGCUUCAAUGUUCCUCUCACCUACGUGGCCAUGCAGGCAGUGCUGGCACUUUAUGCAGCAGGGAGAACCACAGGUGUAGUGUUUGACUCUGGGGAUGGAGUGAGCCAUAGUGUGCCAGUGUUUGAGGGAUACUGUUUACCACACGCAGUGCAGCGUUGCACCUUGGCUGGCCAUGAUGUUACAAUGCACCUUAAAAAGCUUCUGCAGGAGCAGGGGUUCUGCAUGCGCACUUCUGCCGAGAUGGAGAUUGUGAGGGAGAUGAAGGAGAAAUGCUGCCGGGUGUCCCAGGACUAUGAAUCUGAGCUAACCUGUGGAGGGUCGGCCAGCAGUGCGAUGAAUUACACCAUGCCUGAUGGCCAGGUCGUUCACCUCAGCACAGAGCGGUUCAGGGCUCCUGAGAUUCUGUUUAAGCCAGAGCUGAUUGGACGAGACCAUUACGGGAUGCAUGAGAGUAUUUUCAAGUCUAUCCUUAGUUCAGACAUUGACCUCCGGCGGAGUUUUUUGGGGAACAUUGUCCUAUCAGGUGGAAAUACCCUGUUGGCUGGCCUGCCUGAGCGGCUUCAGAGUGAAAUUAGAACCAUGGUGCCUACAGACUUGGGGGAGUGUGUGCGGGUGACAAGCCCUAAGGACAGAGAUUUCUCUGUAUGGUGUGGAGGUGCAGUGCUGGUCAACUUGUCUUCCUUUGCCUCGGCCUGGAUCAGCCAAGAGGAAUACGAGGAAUAUGGCCCCCAGAUUGUUUUCAGGAAGUGCUUCUGAGCUGGACUCGCCUGAAAUGUAUGGGUGCAAGUUCUUACACAUGUGCAAUAGAGUAUAGUGCCUAGUUUCUACGUCUGUGCUUUUUAAAUGUUUUUUUUUUAUAGUUUUCAAUUGUGGUGUUUUUGUACUACGUCUUUCAUUACUGAUGUUCUGCACUGACACUUCCAACGAUUUGGUACUUUGAGUGUGAUAUAAAAUGUUUCUACUGUUGUCGGAUCAGACAAUACUUGAAUGUUCCGUUUUAUGCUUACUGUGGCAGAAAUCCUGUCAAAGGAAGAUUAACUUACUUUCUAGCUAUAGUGCUUGUCAUGAAUCCCCUGAUCAGGAUCUGGCCUUAUGUAAAGAAAGGUGACUGAUUCUCCUCUGAAUGACUCCUAAAAGAGAGUAAUUGGGAUGGGUGUGCCUCUUGAAAUAUUAGGGUGUUUUUCUACCCUUUUCUCCACCUUUUUUAUUUUUAGGAAUAUGACAAAAGGCACUUGAACCAGGUAUUUUGGUGAUGGUAGGGAAACCUAUCUGUUUAUUUAAGGGCAAUCUUUUCAGUUUCUGAGGAGCUACUACGACAAUGCCACUGCUCUAGCAAGGUCAAUGACCAGAACUGUAUGUAAUGCCCCCAAUUUGAGUAUAGUUUCUCAGUUCAUUUUCCUAUUUUAAGAUGAGCUUUCUAAAGUUAAUCUUGAAAUUGUCUGUAAAUAUUUGUUUUAAAUUGUCGUUCUAAAGUUGUCUUGGAAUAACUUAACCUAAAAUGUCCAUGUUACAUUUUCUGUGUCCACUUGGUGCGAUACUGUAGUUUUCCCUCCAAGACUUGUAGCUAAAUCAAUGCAGGUGAAGAGUUUAGUAUGUUGAUGCCACCAUGCCUGAAUGGUAGACUGACUGUUCAUUUUACUUAUCCAUUUGAGUUUUCCUUCUGUCUUGAGUCUGCACUUAGUGUUGAUUAGGGUAUGUUUCAUGUACCAAGUUUAAGGCCUAUAUUGCGCAAGUCCUGAAUUUAGUGUCAUUAUUCAACUAUAUACAAUCACUGUUUAUUGUGCAUUGCUCCUUAACAUACAUUUUUGUUUGAUUUGGCCCUUGAUUCAAUGUACUAACAACCUCUAUUCUUGACUGGUAUGAUUUGUUUGUUCACAUUUAUUUAUUUUCAUAUUUGACUUUACAUGUUUGUUCACAAUAUUUUGACUUAUGAAUAUUGAGUGAUCUUUCAACAUUUAUGAAUGGGUCGUAUCUGACUCAAAUGCAUGUUUUUUUCUAAGUAUUUUGACAGCAAAUACCUGAAUUUGAUGAGAAUGUUGAAUUUUGUUUCAUUGAGGCUACCUGUUAGCCAUGUUGGCUAUGCCCUUACCAUUUUAUUGCUUUCUUUGACUUCCUAUGGACAAGCAAUUGGCCUUAUUAGUUUUAACUUAUUUUUAUCAACCCAUUGUAUUUACAGUAGACUUACUAGUAUCUAGUGUGAUUCACUCAUUACAUAGCUGCCCUUUGAUUUUGGCACGAUUUUUGCUUGUUCUCUUCAAUGUGUUUUUAGAACUGCCAUGUUUUUCUACUCUAAAGAAGUGGGGUUGUCAUAUGAUCUUAAUCACAGGUUUUUAAAUGGAGGUCUGAAGCAUUCCCUGUGGGAAAUGGAAAGGCCGUAUGAGGGCUGACAUUUGGAGAGGGAUGAAUAGUCGGCUCAUUUGUUAGUUCUUGGUGGUCAGAGAUAUAAUUGAAGUCCCAGCCUCUCGUUUUUGAUGGUAUAUUCCAUGCUCGAGUCUUGCUAUGAUUUACUUAAACCAAGUUGUAUGUCAGGUCUUUUUUUUUUUUUAGAAUAAAUAUUUUUUAUUUA